CCCACAAGCGUCAAGAUGGGCGCUUACAAGUGCAUGCAAGAGAUUUACCAAAAGAAGCGGAGUGAUGUCAUGCGCUUCUUGCUGCGUAUACGUGCCUGGCAGUAUCGGCACUUGAACAAGCUGCACCGUGCUCCCAGGCCCACACGCCCUGAGAAGGCCCGCAGGCUUGGAUACAAGGCAAAGCAAGGGUAUGUGAUCUACCGCAUCCGUAUUCGCCGUGGUGGUCGCAAACGCCCAGUACCCAAAGGUGCCACAUAUGGUAAACCCAAGGGCUACGGUGUGAACCAGUUGAAGCCAACCCGUAACUUGCAGUCAUUGGCUGAGGUCUCAAGCAUCAAGAUAGACGCUUACAAGUACAUGCAAGAGAUUUACCGAAAGAAGCGGAGCGAUGUCAUGCGCUUCUUGCUGCGUAUACGUGCCUGGCAGUAUCGGCACUUGAACAAGCUGCACCGUGCUCCCAGGCCCACACGCCCUGAGAAGGCCCGCAGGCUUGGAUACAAGGCAAAGCAAGGGUAUGUGAUCUACCGCAUCCGUAUUCGCCGUGGUGGUCUCAAACGCUCAGUACCCAAGGGUGCCACAUAUGGUAAACCCAAGGGCUACGGUGUGAACCAGUUGAAGCCAACCCGUAACUUGCAGUCAUUGGCUGAGGUCUCAAGCAUCAAGAUAGACGCUUACAAGUACAUGCAAGAGAUUUACCGAAAGAAGCGGAGCGAUGUCAUGCGCUUCUUGCUGCGUAUACGUGCCUGGCAGUAUCGGCACUUGAACAAGCUGCACCGUGCUCCCAGGCCCACACGCCCUGAGAAGGCCCGCAGGCUUGGAUACAAGGCAAAGCAAGGGUAUGUGAUCUACCGCAUCCGUAUUCGCCGUGGUGGUCUCAAACGCUCAGUACCCAAGGGUGCCACAUAUGGUAAACCCAAGGGCUACGGUGUGAACCAGUUGAAGCCAACCCGUAACUUGCAGUCAUUGGCUGAGGUCUCAAGCAUCAAGAUAGACGCUUACAAGUACAUGCAAGAGAUUUACCGAAAGAAGCGGAGCGAUGUCAUGCGCUUCUUGCUGCGUAUACGUGCCUGGCAGUAUCGACACUUGAACAAGCUGCACCGUGCUCCCAGGCCCACACGCCCUGAGAAGGCCAGCAGGCUUGGAUACAAGGCAAAGCAAGGGUAUGUGAUCUACCGCAUCCGUAUUCGCCGUGGUGGUCGCAAACGCCCAGUACCCAAGGGUGCCACAUAUGGUAAACCCAAGAGCCACGGUGUGAACCAGUUGAAGCCAACCCAUAACUUGCAGUCAUUGGCUGAGGAGCGUACAGGCCGGAGACUUGGCAGCCUGCGUGUGCUGAACAGCUACUGGGUUGCCCAAGAUUCUACAUUCAAAUACUACAAGGUGAUUGUGCUUCACAUUCGCCAUAAUAACAUUAUGAAGGAUGCUUCAAUCAAUUGGAUGUGUAAUCCUACACAUGGGCUCCGGGAAAUGCAUGGCAAGACAUCUGCUGGUAAAAACAUCGUGGUCUGGGACGUGGAUUCCGCCACUUAAAGACAAAGGGAGGAUCACGUCGCUCAAGCUGGUUGAGGCGCAACUCCUUGUCUCUCUGCAGGAAGCUUUAAGCAUGCGUGUGUUUGUGUGUGUGACAAAUAAAAAAAAUGAAUGCA